AUGUCGUUCUCCGGUCGCCGAGUGAGCAUUCUGCGUCCUGCAGAAACCAGACGUUUCUCUACUACCAAGGCUCUUUCUCAGAACGAAAAGAGCUCCGAAACCCAUCGUCACUUCCGUUCUGCGCACGAGGGUCACAAACCACACGCCGGUCUCGACGCUUCCCGUGCUUCUACCGGUGUCAUCUGGUGCACAGAGCGUGCCAAUGAGCAUGGCUUCUCAGAGCGUCCUGGUGAUUGGGCCAAUUUAGGUCAGGGUGCUCCCGAGGCAGACGAUGAUAUUGUUGGCAGUUUCCCUCGUCCGACAACGAUUCCCAUCGACUCGGCUGCCCGAGAGUACGGCCCCACUGCUGGCAUCAAGUCUCUCCGUGCUGCUGUAGCUCGGCUUUACAAUGAACAGUAUCGACAGGGCAAGGAGAGCCAAUAUACAUGGGAGAAUGUGUGCAUUGUGCCUGGCGGUCGUGCCGGGUUGAUCAGAAUUGCCGCUAUCCUAGGAAACUCGUACUUGUCGUUCCCUAUUCCUGACUAUACCGCCUAUUCUGAGAUGUUGUCUUUGUUCAAGAAUUUCUCGCCUAUUCCCAUCCCCCUUUCGGAAAGUGAUCACUAUCAGAUCCACCCUGAUAAGAUUGCAGAAGAGAUUGCUCGAGGUACAUCGGUGCUCUUGACAUCUAAUCCUCGUAAUCCCACUGGUCACGUUAUUCAAAACCCAAAUCUUGCCAAGAUUCAAGAUAUUUGCCGUGAUCGUGCUACCCUGAUCUUGGAUGAGUUUUAUGGCGGUUACAACUAUACCACUGACUGUGAUGGGACGACUUUGAGUGGUGCAGAGAAUGUAGUCGACGUUGACCAGGAUGAUGUCCUUCUCAUCGAUGGUCUCACCAAGCGAUUCCGUCUUCCAGGAUGGCGUAUCGCUUGGAUUGUCGGACCCAAGGAAUUCGUCGAGGCUCUCGCAUCUGCAGGUUCCUACUUGGACGGAGGUGCAAACGUCCCCUUCCAGGAAGCUGCCGUCCCUAUGCUCGAACCAUCACUCGUAAAGCAAGAGAUGAAGGCACUGCAACUUCACUUCCGUAGCAAACGUGACUAUGUCAUUGCUCGUCUCCGGGAGAUUGGUUUCCGUUUCAAGGAUAUCCCAGAAGCCACUUUCUAUAUCUGGUUGGAUCUGACAUCUAUCGAGCCUCCUCUGCCCGAAAGUGCCAACAUCUCCGACGGUCUUAAUUUCUUCAAUGCUUUGUUGAAGGAGAAGACUAUUGUCGUGCCAGGUAUCUUCUUCGACUUGAACCCUGCUAAGCGUCGUGACCUCUUCGAUAGUCCUUGCCAUCACUUCGUGCGUCUCAGUUACGGUCCAAAGAUGGAGGUCUUGAAGAAGGGUUUAGACGGCAUUGAGCGUGUUGUCCGUCGGGCUAGAGGAGAGAACGUUGGUCCAACGUUGGAAGAUGAGGUGGCUAUUGAGGAGGAUUAA